UGUACUCGACCAGAGGAGGGCGCUGAUCAACUGAAAGCUAGGCGUUUCAUCUCACCGAAGAAGUAAUCUUUCCCAAUGCAACUUGUGUCAUGCAAUCCUAACAUGCCGAAGGUUAUCACUGUUGAGGUGGAGAAAUAUCUGACCGGGGUUUGAGUGGAAAACGGUCUGGCGUUGUUUAGAUGUUGUCUGUUCUGACAGGAAGCCGGGUAGCGAUGAGCGCCCUCUGCUGGUUCAUCUGGUCCGCUGCUCGAAGCUUCGGUCCCCGGCAGAGUCCAGCUACUGCUCCGCUGUGUAGGCGCCUGCUGGGCCCCGGAUCUGCAGACAGGAGAAACAUGUCGUCCAAAAGACAAAUGGACCACCUGGAGAGAACAGCGAGCAACUACAGACAAAAUGCGCUGUAUCCAGCUCAAGUCUGUGGAAUCAUGACCGAGUCAGAAACGGUGAAAAGACUGAGGAUAGCCGUCCAUCCAGACUUUAGCUUCAAAGCAGGACAGUGGGUAGAUUUCUUCAUCCCUGGUGUGGAGAAGGUGGGAGGUUUCUCCAUGUGCUCCAGCCCGGGUUUGUUGCAGAGGGAGGGUAUCAUCGAGCUGGCGGUCAAGUAUACAAAACAUCCCCCAGCACACUGGGUCCACACUGUGUGUACAGUAGGCUCUCGUGUGGCCAUGCGCGUCGGCGGGGACUUCUACUUUGACCCGAUGCCCUCAGAUCCAUCUGUGGAUCUGCUGUUGGUUUCCGGGGGUGUUGGGAUCAAUCCCCUGUACUCUGUUUUAUUGCACACUUCGGAUCUGCUACAUCUCAACCAGUCCUCUGGGGGUCGGGACUACAACAUAGGUUCUGCUCACCUCUGCUACAGUGCCAAGAACACUCAGGAACUGCUCUUCAAGAGCUCCAUCAUUGAGAAAUGUGGAGAGUUUCCUAACAAGUUGUCCUGCAACUUUCACGUCACGCAACAGAGGGCAGAAGUCGAGCCGCAUCUUCAGCCAUUCGUCAGAGGAGGGAGAAUCUCAGAGGAGGAGUUGCAGGCAAAUGUGGACCCACAAAGGACUUUGUGUUACUUAUGUGGACCCCCACCAAUGAUAGAGGCAAUUUCCAAAACCCUCUUGGACCUCGGCCUUCCAAAGGACAGGAUUCUGUUUGAGAAGUGGUGGUAGAACUCCUCAGGUCAUUUCCAAAGGUUGUCCUCCUGGGUUCUAGUGGUCUUCAGAGGGAGGAUGUUUGGGGACGUGGAGGAAACCAAAAGCGACAAAAAAUGUCUGUGUGAUCAGCCUUUCAUGUGAACGAAAAUCCAUCCUCUCCACCCUGCUGUGGCGAUCCAUUUACUGUCUAUGAUACCACUCCUGAACUACGGACUGAAUCAAAGACUGGAGAUGGAUUUUAUUUCCUGACGUCUAGCCAGGAAAACAUCUGCAACUUGCUAGAUUUCUUGCAAAUACAAAUUUAUAUUGAGAGAAAAAAAGUACUGCAAGAUUUGCAACCCAAUAUUUGCACACCGCCGCUAAGAUUAUCCAGUUUGGGAAUAUGUUUUAUUCUGAAAUAUAUUUUAAAGAUGCACCGAUCACAGAUUUGUGACCAAUUUCCUAGCUUUGAUGAGCUGAUACUCCUUUCAGCCAAAUCCCAGCCUUACAGCUGUAAGCAGUUAUCAGUAUUAUAAUGCACAUACCAGGAUUUGACAUUUUAAGCUGUCUUUACCAUCUCAUAUUAGCUGCCAAAUUUAGCAUAUUCCAAGCAGCUUAAAAAAAUACAACAGCAGCCUUCGUGUUAUCUGUUGAAAUCAGCGCCAGGUCGGUUCUCUCCAGCCUGAAUGAACAGCCAAUCUGUCUCCAUAGAAAACAGUUUUCUCCCAGAUUGCUUUUUAUAUCUUUUUCCUCUGACACUGGAUGGGACGUUUCACCUUUCAGGGCCAGUCGAGCUAAAAAUCAUCCAACUCAUGUGAUGACUUGAUUUCUCUGGGCAUCUCUGACUUAUUUAUUUCACACUUUGAAGGGUUGAAAACUACGUUGUAGUGCGAGUUUGAGGAUGGGCUAGUUCCCACACUGUUUCCAUAAAAUAGUUGAGCUGGACUCAAAGUCCUGACAAUAAUACUCACACCUUCAUGUGACAGAGGAGCAGGUGAAGUGCUCUCUCACUGAAGCUUCACAUUUAUUUUAAAUAUGAGAGUUCUGUAUUAAUCUGAUUAUCUAGACCGUGAAAACGAAGGAGUUUUGUAGAUCCUUAGAAGUGUUAAACUUAGUGUGUUUAUAUGAAAGAAAAAAAAGAAUAACUUGUGCAAAAGUAAAAUUUUAAAACCA